GUCACUAGUGGCAGUUCAUCAGUUGUCAAGCUCUUGUCAGCCUCACCAUUGUUUAUUUGUAAUUUGUCACUUAGACGAACACGUUUCUAAACUUCAAUUCCAAAAUGUAUUUGAUGUACACUUUGAACGAAAACGGAGAGCGUGUUUACACACUCAAGAAAAAGACUCCAGAAGGCCGUCCGACCGUGUCUGCCCAUCCUGCACGCUUCUCCCCAGAGGACAAAUAUUCACGUCAACGGAUAAUAAUCAAGAAACGCUUCGGACUUCUUUUGACCCAGCGGCCGCAACCUGUUUACUAAUAAUAUGAUGAAAACCAUUUCCUUUUGUGUGUAGAAUAAAAGUUUAACUAUAUUUCUAA